AUGGGUGGGAAAAACUCAACUCAACAAGGAUGUAACAUUUUUGAAAAAAACACACUUGACAUUGCUGUCACAGGGCUAUCGGGUGCUGGUAAAUCAUCCUUUGUCAACUCCCUGAGAGGGCUGUCAGACUUUGAUGAGGAGGCAGCCAAAACUGACGUGAUCGAAGGAACAAUAGAACCAGUGGGUUAUCCUCUCCCUGCCUUUCCACAUGUAACAAUAUGGGACCUACCAGGAAUUGGGACACCUAGGUUUAAAGCUGAGGAAUAUCUAGAAAAGGUAAAUUACAGCCAGUAUGAUUUCUUCAUCAUCGUGGCUUCUAAUCGCUUCACCAUCUCUGACAUCCAGCUAUCCCAUGCAGUUCAGAAAAUGGAGAAGCGGUUCUACUACGUACGCUCCAAAAUGGAUGUCAGUAUUAAAAAUGAAAAAAUGAAACCGGACUUCAUUGAGGAAGCAACCCUUCAAAAAAUCAGGAAAUAUUGCCUUGAUAAUUUGGUGCAGGCUGGUCUUUCUUCUCCGGAGAUUUUCCUCAUCUCCAAUUGGUAUCCAGAUAAGUACGAUUUCCCCCACCUGCAAAGGACCUUAGAGAACGAAAUGGAAGACUUUGAGAGACGUGCCUCAGCAGCAGAAAAGGAGAAUCAUGAGAAAUCAACUGAACUAUCUCGAAGUACUGGAAUUUACAGUUUCCUCUCAAAAGCAGCCUUAACAUUUGACCUUGCGAAGCUGAGGGACAUUGCAACACAAAAAUGUCUUAAAGAGGUGAUAGCUAAAAUUCAUCAAGAAUCGGAAGCACUAGAGAAUGCUGAGCUUAAUAUUGCAAUCACGGGAGCUUCAGGUACUGGUAAAUCAUCCGUUGUCAAUGCCCUUAGGGGCAUGACUGAUUAUGAAGAAGAUGCAGCCAAGUCAGGAGUAGUGGAAACAACUAUGGAUCCCAAUGGUUAUACUCAUCCCUUAUUUCCAAAUGUAACUUUAUGGGAUCUACCAGGUAUUGGGACACCAGAAUUUAAACCAGAAGAUUACCUAAACAAGGUAAAUUUUAGCAAGUAUGAUUUCUUCAUAAUAGUUUCCUCAGAACGCUUCACUGUGAAUGACACCAUGCUGGCCCGAGAAAUUCAGAAAAGGAAGAAAAAGUUUUACUAUGUACGUUCCAAGAUGGAUAUCAGUAUAGCUUCUGAAGCUAUGAAACCCGACUUUGAUAUGGACAAAACUGUCGAGGAGAUAAGGACCUAUUGCUGUGAGAAUUUGAGAAGAGCAGGAGAGACUUCUCCAAGGGUUUUUCUCAUCUCCAGGCGAGAUUUGAGCUCGUACGAUUUCCCAAUCCUGCAAGAGGCCUUCGAAAAUGACCUGGAUGACCUCAAGAGACAUGCUUUUAUUGCAUCUCUGCCAGUUUUCUCAAGAAAAAUCCUAAAAAAGAAAAAGGCUGCUAUGGAAGACCUUAUAUGGAAAGUAGCCACUGAAGCUUGUAGUAUUGCAAUGAUUCCUAGCCCAGCACUCGCUCUUGUUUGUGAUCUUUCUCUCUUGGUGGUAACAAUGAAAUCUUUCUGCAAGGUCUUUGGCUUGGAUGAGGAUUCCCUCCAAAGAGUUGCACAACUGGUUGGCAAAGAUUACAAUGUGUUGAAAUCUGCUAUCAAAAAAUCUCCAGUGUCUAGCGAGAUCACUCUAGAAUUUGUAAAUGGUCUCUUAGCCAAGUCAUGGUUGUGUUCAACGGUGACGGUGACGCAAGAAGUCUUGGAUUUUAUACCUCUGUUGGGCUAUCUGGCUGGUGGAGCUAGUUCUUUUAUUACAACAUACCACAUGCUGAAAUGCUUCCUGAGAGACCUGGUGCAAGAUGCUGAGAACCUUCGGGCAAAAGCUGCUGAGCCUUGACCGUUAUGAUA